AUGGUCCGCAAGAUGGCCUCAGCUACUGCUGCUGUUGCUCCCGCACCGCAGUCUCAUAUCCCUACCACCCUCAAUGCCUCCGGUCCUCCCCCUGGACACUGUGUCACAGUCGGGAACCUCCAGACCUUCAUCUUACCUGACAAAGUCUCUGACACUGAAGAAAACCAUAAGCUAGGCGAAGCCCUCGUCGACGCCUGGCAGAAGGACGGCAUAUUGCAGAUAAGCAUGACACCCGAGCAGCACUCACUCUACAAAAGUGCCAACUACGCUAGUAAACGCUUCUUCGGCAAGCCUUAUGCUCAAAAGGCUGCUUGCGUUGACAGUCAGACUUACUCUGGCUACAUUGCCAGUGGUGAAGAGCUGACUGACGGUAUUGCUGACUACACUUCCCAGCCAUUAACAAGACUAAUGGCAAGGGCAAAGAAGGAAGAGGAAUCGGAUCUCACACUGACUACGGACUUCUCGUCAUUGCCGCAGCUGAUGAUGUCGGAGGCAACUCUAAUGAUCCGUCCUCCAUACAGCGAUGAAAAGCUCGCCAACUGGGAGGUAAGUGCCGCUGGCUUCAAAGAGGACGAUGAAAGAUGGGUCUUCGUUCCCCCUGCCGAGAAUGUCUUCACCGUCUUCCCAGGCAAGUUUGCCCUCCCAGCAUAA